AUGGAUGUCCUCAGGCCUCCCAACAACGUGGCUGAAUUUGUUCUCUUGGGACUCACACAGAAUCCACACUUGCAGAAAAUACUCUUCAUUGUCUUUUUGUUUAUUUUCCUAUUUACUGUGGUGGCCAACCUCCUCAUUGUCAUCACCAUCUCCUUCAGCCCCACACUUUCUGCUCCCAUGUACUUCUUUCUAACUUAUUUGGCCUUCAUAGACGCUUCCUUCACUUCCGUCACCACUCCCAAAAUAACCAUUGACCUGCUGUACCAAAGGACAACCAUCUCCUGGGGUGGCUGUCUGACUCAGCUUUUUUUGGUACACUUUCUUGGAGGAACAGAGGUCAUCGUCCUCAUUGUCAUGGCCUAUGACCGCUACGUGGCCAUCUGCAAGCCUCUGCACUACACGGCCGUCAUGCGACAGGGGCUCUGCCGGCUCCUGGUGGUGGUGUCCUGGAUCGGGGGGAUCCUGCAUGCCACUGUGCAGAUUCUUUUCAUGGUCAACUUGACCUUCUGCGGCCCCAGUGUAAUUGAUCACUUCAUGUGUGAUUUCUUCUCACUUUUGGAAAUUGCCUGUGGCAACACCUACAAGAUCGGAAUUAUAGUGGCAGCCAACAGUGGGGCCAUGUGCUUGCUCAUUUUUUCCCUGCUCCUCAUCUCCUACAUAGUCAUCCUGAGCUCCCUGAAAUCCCAUGGCUCUGAAGGACGACGCAAAGCCCUUUCUACAUGUGGUGCUCACUUUACAGUAGUGGUACUCUACUUUGUCCCUUGUAUAUUCAGCUACACACGACCUGUGACCACUUACUCUGUGGACAAGUUGGUAACUGUGUUCUUUGCAAUCCUCACUCCCAUGUUAAAUCCUAUAAUUUACACAGUGAGAAAUAUAGAAGUGAAAAAUGCCAUGAGUAGUUUGUUGAAGAGGAAUGUAACAUAG